UCGCGUUCAGUCGGUGCGUGCUAGCGGCUCGGGUCGGUCGUUUCCAGUAUCCUGUAUCGUUCUCGCUCUCUUUACACAAUUAGCCGCUUCGUGCUUUAAACGCGUGUUUCAUUAAUGGUUUUCUCUAUAAAAUUAUUAAAUUCUCUGUGAAAAAUUCACGGUGCAACGUCUGGUAGUGAGACGAAAGCCACUCUAUGAUUCCGGCAGACGAUACCAAUCCUGGCUCCACGAUCAGGAAUUAACAAGGAUUCUAUUUAACCAUCGAACAACCCACGAUCCCCCCCGAAUGUCAGACCAUCAAACACCACCAUCGUCAAAUCCAUUUCAUCGUGUACCUUAACAAGUGCUCUGUCCAGGAUAAUUCAACCUGGAGAAUGACUACUUUUUAACGAAAGAAUCUCACCGAAUCAGAUGUUGAGCGUGCUGAUGGUGUAACAACAAGGUCCAAGGUAUCGGGCAUCGGAGAUAACGACAUCUCGAAGUAGAUAUCUCGCGGUGCAAGGCGAAUCGAAGAUCGUACGUGCCUCUUAAUGGGCAUUCCGCGGAUCCUGGUUGGAUUUAGCUGGCUGGAAACAGGAUUCAAAGAGGAGCCUUGAGAUUUCAAGUUGAAGAGGUACUCUAUGGGCGCUCGAGGGUGGCGAAUGACCCCCUGCUACCACGAACGGACGAAAAUGAUCGACUGACCGUUCGAGUGUAACCAAAAAGGUUCAAUCUUCAGUGGUGGAUAUCGAAUAAGAAGCGAGUAAAUGUGUUCAGCCGGCAGAGGAGUCGUAGACAUGUCGCGAAUCUCCAAUCGCGCCUCAACUAUCGCUGCCAUACUGAGUAUAUUGCUGCUCGUUGUGUUCCUGGUGGUGUUGUGGACUGGUAUACGCACCAGCAACAGCCGAGCUUCCGGUAUAGAGACUUUCGAUGGAUUCUGGAAGGAGAUUUUGAACGAGACUACCACUGGACGGGCUGUCUUCGAUGAGGAGAGCUUCAGCAAUGAAGUGAUACCUGACAUAAAAAAGACUUCAAGAGAACAAAAUGACAUCUCGAACGAUGCUUCUUCCAUGCAUCCUGACUUGGAGUAUGUCAGUUUAAAGAAGAUCAGUGAAAAUCAGUAUGAAGAUCCUCCCGACGAAUUUUCCACAGCGAAAAGGCACCACAGUGGUCAUUUUCGUCACCGCACAGCGGAAGUAUGGGAUCCUCAUCCCCAAUACGAGUUCACUGCCUUUGGAAGAAGAUUCCGUUUGCGUCUCGCCCACGAUACCAGCUUCGUAUCGCCAAAUAUCAGAAUUACUCAUAUGACUGAGAAUGGAACGAGAAAGGAGCAUCCAGGCCACGAACUUGGCUGUUUUUACAGCGGAACUGUAGACGACGAUCCCUCUUCCGUUGUCAGUGUCAGUCUUUGCCAUGGAAUGACGGGCCACGUGAGAACGUCGACGGGAAGCUACAUAAUUAAGCCGGUCGAGUCGUGGCAAGAGAAUGACAAGGAUCCUCGCGAGUUUUCGCUGCAGCAUGCCAUCCAAAGGAUACGAUCACCCAACGCAGACCACCCGAACAAUGACGAGAAAAAAUCUAGGACUCACAGUUGCGCAGUGAUUGAUGACGACACACCAACGCCCAUUUUGGACGACAUGGACGGAAGUCAAAUUUAUGUUGGUGGACGAACACGAAGACGUAGAUCACUGACGGAAAAGACGGCUUUGGAUCAUUCCCAAAUCAACGAAUCGUACGAACAAUUUAUAGGAAACAACGAGGAGCAUCGAAAUUUUAUACGAAACGACAGAUACUACUCGGUGGAAAGGAGACGAAACGAAGCGAGCGAAGAGUACAGUCAAGACUCGGAUAUGGAAUCGGAUCCCUUCGUGACUUGGAGACCACGAAGAGCCUUGCCACGUGAAUAUUUCAUCGAGAUCAUGGUGGCGGCUGAUGCCGAGAUGGUCAGGUACCAUGGAAAGGGUUUAUUCAGCUACAUUUUGGUGCUGAUGAGUAUGGUGUCACGUAUAUACAAGGAUCGGUCCAUUGGCAAUCCGAUAAACAUAUCGGUGAUGAAAAUUAUACCAACCGAUAAAAUGUUCGGUGCCAGGCACACUGUCAGCGAAGGGAUCGCAGCGGCUGAUAUGUUGGAGAGAUUUUGUCAUUGGCAGAAAAACAACAAUCCUGACGAACCAUCGCGAGAACAUCACGACCUUGCUUUGCUUUUAACUAGGGAAAAUCUGUGUCAUCCCGAGGAAUCAAGUUGCGACACUUUAGGUCUAGCUAAAUUGGGUCGUAUGUGUUCUCCAAUAUCGUCCUGUGCUAUUGUUCAAGAUAAUGGUCUUGCUGCUGUCUUUACGAUCGCUCAUGAAAUUGGUCACGUAUUCAAUAUGCCUCACGACGAUGAAGCCAAGUGCGAAGGUUUCCGUAAUCACUCUGGUUUUCAUCACGUCAUGUCCAGGAUGCUGAAUGCCCAAACCUUCCCUUGGGAAUGGUCCAACUGUUCCAGACACUACGUCACCGAAUUCCUCGAGGCCGGCUACGGUAACUGCCUGUUGGACGAGCCAGAUAUAACAAUGGAAGGGGAAGACGUGAGCAGACUUCCUGGAGAAGAUUUCUCUGGUAACAAGCAAUGCGAACUCGUGUUUGGACCCGGAUCAUGGAUUUGUUCCGACAUGGUAAGUGACGUGUGCAAGACAUUAUGGUGCCACGUACCGCAUAGUGUGAGAUGUCGUACCAGUUAUUCCCCAUGGGCUGAUGGGACGGUAUGCGGCGAAAACCGAUGGUGUCAUCGAGGCAAGUGCGUAUCCCGUAUAAAUCUGCAACCGGUGGAUGGCCAAUGGGGCGAAUGGGGACGUUACGGGGAAUGCUCGCGUACCUGCGGUGGCGGUAUCAAGAAGAAAUAUCGCGAGUGCAACAAUCCUCCUCCGCAAAACUAUGGGAAAUACUGUGUCGGUGAACGCGUCAAGUAUCGUAGCUGCGCCACCAAGGAGUGUCCAGGAAAUCAUGAUUUCAGGGAACAGCAGUGCUCGCAAUUCGACAACAACAACCUGAACAUACUGAACCUGACCAAAGACGUUAAAUGGCACGCGAAGUACAGGGGAAUAUUGCCUCCGGAACGUUGCAAAUUGUACUGCCAAGUGGCGAGCAAUCAGUAUUACAUGCUACGAGAGAAGGUGAUCGACGGAACACCAUGCGGACGGGACACCUUUCACGUAUGCGUGAAUGGACACUGCAAAGCAGCGGGAUGCGAUCACGUUUUAAACUCGACCGCGGAACUGGAUAUCUGCGGGGUUUGCAAGGGUGACAAUUCCACUUGCCAGAGGAUCACUGGAUCUUAUAAUUCUACGGAGUUCGGGUACACCAGGGUGGCGAAGAUUCCUGCCGGAAGCAAGGAUAUCGAUAUCAGGCAACACGGAUGGCUAGGGAUGGGUGACGAUAACAAUUACCUUGCUCUACGACUUGGAGAAGGUGGUGAAUAUAUACUAAAUGGUAACUUCAUGGUGAUGCCUCAGAAGAUUAUUAUUCGACCUGGCCUCACCAUCGAGUACAGUGGUCCUGUAUCUCCUGUUGAACGUCUCAAUACCUCCGAACCAAUUGACACUGACUUAAUUUUAGAAGUAUUAUCAGUGUUUAAUUUAUACCCACCACAAAUAACAUACGAGUACACAGUGCCUAAGCACAUUUUGCAUAGUUACACAUGGAUCCUUAGCGAUUGGUCCGAGUGCACUCAUACUUGUCAAGGAAUGAAAUAUAGAAAAGCAGAAUGCAGGAGUACCGAGAACAAGGACGUCGUUCCUGAUGACUAUUGUCAUAAUACAGAGAAACUGAGAGAAGAAAGUCAGAUUUGUAACAAUCAUUGUACUCUGAAAUGGGAAAUCACCUCAGUGUCCGAGUGCUCCAGUCAGUGUGGUCCAGGAACUCGCACAGUGACCUCCAGGUGCCUACAGAAGCUCAUAAACUCGGAUCAUCCACCUCGUCCAAUUCCAACAAGAGCAUGCGCACAUCUUCCACGACCAAGUGAGAAGGAACCUUGCAUAGGACCCUGUGCAAAUGUCCAUUGGAAUUAUAGUAAAUGGAGCACUUGUAGUGUUACCUGUGGAGGUGGUGUUCAAUAUAGAACAGCAGUCUGUGUGGAUUCAAAUUGGAGACGUGUAUCAGAUGAGAGUUGUGCAAGGCAAGAAAAGCACCUGAAAAGGAUAUGUGGACAGGACCCGUGUCCUCAAUGGGACUUGGGAAAAUGGCACUCUUGUUCUGUGACCUGUGGCAUUGGCAAACGACAUAGAGAUUAUUUGUGUCACGUGGAGAACCGCAUUGUGCCACACAGUUAUUGCGGUGAUCCACCUCCUGGAGUUGUUGAAGUUUGCAAUGCUGGACCUUGUGAACAAUGGCAAGCUGGCAUUUGGAGUCCAUGUUCUGUCACUUGCGGCGAAGGCAUCAAACGAAGGAAAGUAAUUUGCAAACAUUCUGAUAGAUCAAUCAGUGAUAAAUGUCCCCCUUCUGAGAAACCUGAAGAUACCACAAUCUGUAUACUUAAACCCUGUCCAACAGUGGUGAAUGAACCACCAAUUAAAUAUUCUUCUGAUCCACCCCAUGGAAUUCAUUCCCAACAAAACAAUGAAGUUUAUGACAUAACUUUCCGUUCUGGAUAUAAAUGGCAUGGAUCGCAGAAAGAGUGUUCCAGGCCAUGUAUUGGAGGUUACAUGCAUACAAUGGUAAAAUGUAUUUCCAUUGAAACAGAAAUAAUUGCUCCUGACCAUUAUUGCGAUAGGAAGGAGAAACCACCUACCAUGAUUCCUUGCAAUCGUCAUCGCUGUCCCAUAUGGAAUACUGGUGAUUGGAGUCAGUGCGACGUAGAAUGUGGAACGGGUUUCCAACAUCGUCAGGUUCGUUGCCAAAGUCCGCGUGGUGAGAUAUUAGCUGAUGAACGCUGCCACGAUAGCGAGAAACCGGAAAUAGUGAAGACGUGCCGGAAGAGUCCUUGCAUCACUGGUCCUACGGAUCGGAAGAACCGAUUGGAAACAAAUAUUUUCCGCAAAUGGAAAGUUUCUAGUUGGACUCCUUGCUCGAAAUCGUGUGGUAGCGGACUACAGAGACGAAGAGUCGAGUGCACUAUGAGGAGAGGAAACCAUGGACCGGAAGUGACUGUUAAGGACGAGCAGUGCUCGAGACUUGGCUUGUCCAAGCCAAGAUCACAGAGGCCCUGCAGACGUGUCGCCUGUGACUAUAUUUGGCAGGAAGGACCUUGGUCUGAGUGUUCGGCACAAUGUGGUGAAGGUAUUCAAAGUCGAGCGGUGACCUGCCAUCGAGCCAAUCAUCAUGGAAUGAUCGAUCCAACACCCACUGAUAACUGCCCAAUGGAUCAGAAACCAAGUAGCCAACAAACUUGCAAAUUGAGAGAAUGCGACGAUAAGUAUUAUUGGACUACUGGCCAAUGGACAAAGUGUAGUCACACAUGCGGUCAAAAGGGUCGUCAAACUCGAAAAUUAUUCUGCCACGAUGAAACAGGUAAGAAGGUAGCUCGCGUGAACUGUCCUAGGGAGUUCAAGCCACAGCGGAAACGGAAGUGCAACCAACGAAAGUGUUAUCCGAUGUCCUGUCUGGAAGCGAAGAAGUAUUACAAGACAACUAAAGACAGCGAGUAUCCAUUGAUCAUUGGUGGAAGGAGCAUGUCGAUCUAUUGCCAUGAAAUGUCCACUUCUGAGCCGAAAGAGUAUUUAACAUUGCGAUCUAGUUUCUGGGAGAAUUAUGCCGAGGUGUAUGACAAGAGCUUGUUACAUCCUCAUACUUGCCCGUACAAUGGAGAAAGAAACGAUAGCUGCAACUGUGCUACUGUUAAUGGCACCAUUUCCGGGAAAACAAUAUACAGGAGGAUACGAAUCGAUCCUGUAAAACUUUAUGUCAUAGAUAAUGAUUACACGUUUUCGUGGACCAAUGGUACGAAUCCCGUGAAAUAUGGCACAGCCGGUGAUUGCUAUAGCCAGGCAGAGUGUCCUCAAGGUCGUUUUAGUAUUAAUUUAAGUGGAACCCAAUUCAAAUUAUCGUCGGAUGUUGUCUGGCCGAGAAGGAUGGGAUCGGUUGUAGAAAUUAAUAAAAUUAAUAGUCAACGGGUCCUUGGAAAAUGUGGAGGCUACUGUGGCUAUUGCAGUCCGAAACCUGGAUUGAAACUAGACGUUUUACCACCCUAGUCCUUAAUUUGGGGAGUUCAGUAAUCUCCAAGUGCCUGUAGAGUACAGCUUUCGACAGGUAGAAAUUCCACUAAUGGAUUCGAGCGCAUCGCAAAAGACUGGUUCGGGAUAUACAAGAUGAAAUCAACCACCUGUUACCAGAACCGAUUCCUUCAUUUCGAGGUUCAAAUUAUUCGCUUAAAACGUUACUAGUCUGUGUAAUUAUUUCCAACAGCGAAUUGUUCGCACGAAAAAUUGUGACUGAACGUUCGAAACGGACUCGCAGAACCAAGAUACAAGAAGAGGCACUGACGAUCUACCUGAAGGGUAAAGAAUAAAUAAUUAAUGAUCAUAUACAUAUAUAUAUAUCAUUCGACGAUCAGCAUUUAAACUUCUAUAGUGUUGUGUAUUGAAUGUAAGAGCUUUCGUUCGAGAGCAACCUAUUAGAAUAUAGGUUUUUGAGUUGGAAACCUGAAGAGGAGAUACCAUUUAGGGGUAUUUUAAGGGUGCUCGAUAAAUUUCGAACGAAUCUAUUCUUCAAGAUGGAAUUACUCCAAGGGGAUGAAUAGUCAAAAGAAAGAGAGAGGUAUCCUCGAUUAAAAAUAAACUCAGUGAAACUGGAUUUCUUUUCACUAUGGUAAAUCACAAUUACAAAAAUAUUAAUUAACGAUGAGUGGUCGAUUUCAGUAGCGAAGGGUCGACAAACGAAAGAAGUAGGAUCAAGAAUAAAGCUUUCGUCUUCCCAGAAAUAUUCAUCGGAUUCUUUUACACUUUUAAUCCAGUUAAGAGUUCCAUUUAGGUAUGUAAGUAACUUAAUGUCCGGUAAGAAUUGCAGUAUUCGUAUUGUUUAUACUCGUUGAAACAUCAUGACUGCCCGAAAUUAUUUAUCGAAGAGAAAGGGAAAUAAUUAAGGAACGUUCAUAUUGACACGCGACUGAAGUACAAAUUGAAAAAUAGCGAGCGGUGAAAAGUUAACUUUAGAAUAUUUUAUUAAAAAUUCUUAAGAGCUCCACAGACUUUUAACUUAAUUUUUCUUAUCAAAUGGAAUUAUCAACUUUGACUGCUCAGCUUUUUAAUGAAAUCUCUCAAAAGUCGCGUGAAUAUAUAAAAUAAUUAUAAAAUGUGACCGUUCUGCCACUGCCAUAUUUUCAUGCCUUUAUAAUCUACGCGUUUUCCAUGCGUACUAAUUAUACCAUUUCCCGCAUGUAAAAAGUACAUUGAAAAACAUACGUAGAAACGAUAGAAAACACCGCGAUCGAAGUAUUUUCGUGGCACGUAGUAGUAAAUUAGGCAAGAUACAAUUUAGUAUGCUAGACUUUAUUCGAGAUUUUCAGGUGUAGCGAUCAUAAUUAACUUAUUAACUCGAGUUCAUUUAAAAUGGAGCUCGAUGGCUAGCUCUGCUUCAUCUAUUUUAUAGAAAUAUAGAGGGUGCGACAAAAUUGGUCAAUGUUUAAACAUUGUUAAGUGUAAAAGAUAUUUUUCGAUUUAAAAUGUUAAACAUUAUAAUGAAUUAGAGUAAUAAUUAAAAUAUUUUAAUAUUAAUGACUGUGUCCAUUUUGAAAUCAAUAAAAUUUGCAUUUAUAUUUAUAAAUUUUGUCGCAUCUUCUAUGCAGAGUAUCAUGAAACUGAUGGUACAAGUGGAAAGAUAAUGAUUCUUCAGAGAAAUGAAGUGGAAAAUUUGAAAACUUAUUUUUUCUCUCAUAAGAUAUAAUUUUGAAUAAGAUGAUCCCAAAUUUUGGGCUGAUAGUAUAUAAUAUCGCAUGUACACCGAUAUUUUUUAAGAGACAGACAUUUGCGUUCGUUAAAUGAAAGCAAAAUGGUCUCGUACCGGCGUCCAAAACACCAAAACGAUGAUCGAGUACAAAUUUUGUCGCGUUCUUCGCCGAGAUAUGAGCAAUCUCUAGGCUAUUUUUUCUUUUUGUAUUUUCAAUAAGAAUCUGACCGGGAGUUUAGCUAACUAGAAGUAUAUACGUUUCAACAGACUGCCAUAGUUAAUGUUAUUAUCGAGUACAUGUAUGUAUAUGUUAAUAAUCGUUUUGAUAGAAAUUAAAGGAUAAUUAGGAUGAUCUUUGUGAGAUAGGAUGAUGCUUCUACAAAUUGGAGCGAGUUACAAUAAAAAAAAAAAUUCCAAUGGAUAAAUGGAAAUAGUUAAUUAACAUUUUGAUGCUCCCUUUAUAUCUGACAGCUUUCUGUUAAUCGUUUAUAAUUUCAAAUUUGUAGUUUCACCCUAUUCUUUUGCAGCAAACGUAAAUAACAAGCAUUUACACCACAUAUAUUCAGAACUUUACUUCUUUAUUGAAUGAAACAGUCAAGUUUUCUUCCAUAAAUCAGUAUUUCUUAUAAUUAGAUACAAUUGUUAUAAACUAAGUACUUUAAGAAAUAUUUACAGUUGUCUUUAAAACUGAAUCAAUAAGUAAAAUAUUAAUUUUAAAUAUUACAUAAAGUACUUAAUUAUUGAUACUUAUAUGAAAAAUUGAUAUUGAUUUACAAAAGGAAAAUAACAUACAGAACAUUUUAUUUCUUUUUACUUUCACUCAACCCUUGAACGGCGGACCGCUAAGACAGUGACGAUUUCUUUCUUGAUUUUUACUUUUUAAACAUUUCAAAGUGUUUUAUUUAACAACUUGAAUGCCGAAUUUUAGUCUAAGCACCACUAUGUACAAGUUUCAUAGAUCUGGAUCAUCUGUGGUUCAAGGGUUGAAGCUAGCUCGAAACCAAUUUCUAGUAUCAUCCUGUAGAUCUACUGUCUUCCUUGAGGACAUGACAAGAGAAGAUUUCUAUUAUAGUAGUUUUUGUACAGCCGUAUGAUCAAAAUUUUUACACUUAUUACAUUGGCACGAAUCGUGCUAAAUAAAUCAAACGAUACGUUUCAUCGCAUUUGCAAAGAAUACCAAACGGGAAAGGAAAAGAGAAUCGUUAGAUCUGUCGUUUUCUUCACGUUUUCCAGCAACUCUUUUGAGUGAAUAAUACUGCCUUUUUAUCAAGUAUUCUUCAAUCAUCACUAUAGUGUGACCUGAGAUUCAUUUGAUUUUUCCUUUUUUCCCUGUUCUCGCAUAGCGAAAUGGCACUGUACAGUUUCGUUGAAUAAUUUAUUAGCACGUAUCGUUUUAAUACUAUUAAUGUAUAGCUUAAUGUAAAAAUGAUCCUUAGUACCAGUGUACGGCAAUUAUUUAAAAAUAUCUUAAAUCCAGAAAUAACAUUGUUCAGUGUUCACUUGAAAAUCCUCUCUAUUGUAUUAUUAUGUAGGUAUAAGAACACUUAUGCGAAUGUAUCAUUAUGUUGACAAAUAUAUGUAAACACUGCUACCCUUUUCAA